UGGGGCAGCACAUUUUAAAGAUUCAUCAAUACAAAUUUUUUUGUAAGCAGAAGGGGUGGGUGCAUGGUGUAGACUGUCAAAUAAGAAAUAAAGCUUUUUUUUUUUUCCAAAACAAAGUGGCUCCAAAACUCUGUUCCAAACAAGUUCCCAAUAAGUACCGAGGCGCAAGCAGUGAGGGCAAGGAGCAGUCAGGGAUAACGUCCUCUCCCAGGUAUCCCAGGGACAUCACUCAUUACUGGAUGGGAAUGUGGAGUAGGAACCUGCAGUGCAAGGGACACAACUCCAGGCAAAUCUCUACCUUAUCCUCAGCCCUGUGCUGCAAAGAACCGGGAGAGAACCCCCCCAGGGGGCACGGAGCUGCCUUCAACUACAGACAAAGCGGAUAAAGACAAAGCGGAUAAAGAGAAUGGACAAUAAAGCCAUGUACCUGCAUUCCUUCGAUGAGAAAGAAAAUGGCUCAGCCUUUGAGGAACCCUUUGAUGGGAGGAAUCUCUCCAAGAUGAACCUGUGUGAUGGCUGUCCAUCAGGAAAGAGAAGAUCCUCAAGAAGAUGCGGCCAGUUGGGUUCUAUUGCGGCUCUGAAAUAUGCGGUGGUGGGACUGUACCUACUGGUCUUUCUUAUACUGGUCGGGGUCUUCAUCCUCGCAGUUUCAAGACCCCAGAGUUCUCCCGAGGAUUUAAAAGUUCUAACGGGCAACAUGAAUCGUUUAAACGAGAGCUACCGAGACCUCCAGUUUAAGCUGAUGCAGCUCUCCUUCAAGGGAGACUUCAUGGAACAUGUUUGGAAGCUGCAGGAUCUCUUCCAGAACCAUUCUGACUCACUUCUCCAACUCACCGAAUCCCUCCAUAAGCUGGAGGAGAAUCUGCAGCUCCUUCAGGACAUGGCCACCAAAACUGACACAAUUACCACCAACCUCGGUGCCAAUCUGAACCAGUUAAGCGAUUCACACCAGUCAGAGAUCUAUCGUCUCUCUACAGAGUUUAACAGCAGUAGGUACAUGUGGAACCAUCAUGACACUCUAUUGAAGGAGAUGUCUUCAAAAGUUGAAGGAUUUAAUUACCAAAUAAGUGAGAUAUUGGGGACGCUUAAUGCAGUCAACGCAACUUUUACCUACGAUAUAGGAAUUCAUCACACAAGGAUCCAAGAUCUUCAGGGUCUCGUAACCAAUGUGUCAGAGGAAACAAGGCACAUGAGGCUUCUACAUAUUGUUAUGGAGCAACAGUUAAAGCACGAGAUGGCGCUACUGAACAAUGUGACAGAAGAUUUAAGGCUGAAAGACUGGGAACACUCCAUCGCCUUAAAAAAUAUUACUCUUAUAAGAGGUCCACCUGGGCCCAAGGGAGAACAAGGCCAUGAAGGAAUGGAAGGUGAACCUGGAGCACCCGGCCUACCUGGAUUUGAAGGCAUUCCAGGAGCACCUGGUCCAGUGGGUUUGCCGGGGCUCAAAGGGGAUCAAGGAGACAUUGGAGGACGUGGUAUCAUGGGAUUACGUGGCUUUAAUGGGGACCGAGGGCCAAAAGGUGAAAAAGGCGACAGAGGAGACAGAGGGGAAACAGGUGCGGUGGAGGAGAGCGCGGUGCGGUUAGUGAAUGGCUCGGGGCCCCACGAGGGCCGCGUGGAGGUGUUUUACGACAAGCGUUGGGGGACGGUGUGUGACGACGGGUGGGACAAGAAGGAUGGAGACGUCGUCUGCCGAAUGUUGGGGUUCAAGGGGGCGGAGGAAGUGUACAGGACGGCCAGGUUUGGCCAAGGCGUUGGGCGCAUCUGGAUGGACGACGUGGCUUGCAAAGGGACAGAGGAGAGUAUCCUACAGUGCAGCUUCUCCAACUGGGGAAAGACCAACUGUGGGCACGCAGAGGAUGCAGGAGUCACGUGUAUUAAACAAUAAUAAGGACACACACUACAAACGGACAGUGGUUCUGGAGCCAUUAAAUCCAAACUUGGUCCAAACCUGGGACAAGUAUAAAGACAAAAUGGAGAAAAUAACUCUCUCUGACCAAAGACAUAAGUAUAUGAUACAUACAGUAGGGCCAGUAGGACCUUGGCUCGUUGUCUCCAUGACCAUAAAGAGGAUGAAUUGGACUUUACUCGGCUCCCAGAAUCCAUCGAGAGACCAAUGAAAUGCUCAAAGCAAUUGUUUUUUUUCUAUUUACAGGAAAUGUAUUUACAAUCCAUGGCAAAUACCACAAAGGAACAGUAGCCGGACUACACCGAGGGGGUCCCCGGGAUCCAAACAAGCCUUGUUCUGGGCUCUUCUCACAUUUUACUACAAUAAAGUACUUCAAAUGACAGUUCAA